CAGAAGAGUUUCCUCAAAAGCCGGAAUGCCUGAGCCCAGCCCAGCCAUGUCGCCACGCAUGAAGUCCCCCUCGAUAUCGGAGCACUGUGAACCGAUACCCCUCCCUAAGGGUUUGACAUGACUAUCGAGUAAAUAGCGUGCAAUGUGUCCGUGUUUUCAAAAGGGGCAGUCAGUGUCAUCUCUGCAUCCCCAGGUAUUGCUUGCGGACCAGUUUGGUAGACAGACAUGGAAGCAGAGUAUGCUAAGAUCGCGGACAUAAUUCGCCAGAAAGCCCGCGCCCAUCAUAAGAAAAGGCUCCUGGUAGCUAUCGCUGGCAUCCCGGGCUCGGGAAAAACAACCACUGCAGCGGCAGUCGCUCGGAUUCUGCGAUCUGCUUCUCCUCCUCUGGCCACGGCUCUUCUCUCCAUGGACGGCUUCCAUCUCUCAAGGGCUGUACUGGAUACGCUCCCCAACCGAGAAGAAGCUUAUCGCCGUCGCGGUGCGCCCUGGACGUUCGAUGCACCCCGCUUCGUUGCCAUUAUCGAACAGCUACGCCAGUGGGCAGAAUUAGACCCUCAAGCCGACCUUGGUGCCGAACUGCAAACCAUCUAUGCACCCUCAUUCGACCACGAGGCGAAAGACCCUGUGGAGGACGGCGUUGUCAUCAUCCCGGACACUUCCGUCGUCAUUAUCGAAGGCAACUAUUGCUUGCUGAACGAACAGAUAUGGUGCGAUGUCGCGCAGCUAGUCGAUUAUCGGAUCUUUGUCGACACCGAUCUACAAGAGGCCCGCCGGCGUGUCGCCAAGCGGCACGUUCAGGCCGGGAUUGAGGCGACUCUCGACGCUGGGCUCCGUCGGGUGGACAGCAACGACUACCUCAAUGCUCUGAUCAUCCAGGAAAAGCUGAUCGUCCCCGACUUGGUGGUGCAAAGUAUCGUAGACAAUGUAUAGCAUUUGGCAAACGAUAUCGCAUUUCUCACUGCAGGUCUCUAAAAUACACGCACCCCUGAAUCAAGAAACAUUUAUAAACUAGACCGUACCCAACCAUCACUCCUUGAUCUUCUGCUUGUGAAACACAUCUACCAAAUUAGCCUCACUCCCAUAACACGCCCCAGAAGGGAGUAUACC